AUGCUUCCCUCUGUGGGAGGCUACCAGUGCGCGAGAGAGGAGAUGUACAGUGUGGUUGGCGUGAACGAAUGGCCGGAUGAGCGUAUAGUACGGAUGAGUAAGAAAGCCUAUACCCGCCUAAACCUCCCCAGCACCCCGAUCAGUCCACACACAGCCCGUUCUACUGGCACAUUGAAAAGCUUCGCUUUUGUAAUUAUGGUGUGCGAUCCGGCCUGGAAUGGAUACAGAGGACUUAAACUCCAGAUGGGCUUCCACGCUGUCGUCCAACCACUACGCGACAUAAAAGCUUGUGUGAAAUGCCUGCUGAAAUGCCGUCUCCAACCACCAAAAACUGUCCGCUUGGCCCAUCGAGAGCCGAAGAGACCCCCUAUGUUCACUCCCCAUAGUGUACGGAGUAAGAACUUGAAGUUAGAAUCAUACGAAGUAUGGAGUACGGAUGCGACGUACCUUUUCUCCACUCCGGGGGCGUUGAGCGCUUGUGAGCUGCAAAAUGGGCCUGGCUGGGGCCAUAAACAAGUGUUUGUGCUUAUGCUCUAG